GCAGAUAAUAAAAAGUACCUACCUAACCAAGUUACAUUACUUUGGAUGUAUACUUUUGUCCUCCUAUAGCCUACCGGCACUCAAUACCGCUGCACCUCAUCCUUAAGGACGCAAGCCAUAUCUCAUCCCUGAGACCCCGAUCGCCAGUGAUUGAUUCCAACCCCCAAGCCACGGGGUGUCGUCAUCUGUUGCGCAGGACAGGACCAAGUAUGGCCGGUCUCUCGAGAAUACCUGGAGACGACAGUCUGUUCGUUGGAGGCAUCUGGGUCCUGAACAUAGAGUCCUACAGGAACCAACUGUUGGAGAACAACAUAACCCACAUUCUCUCGGUGAUAAAGUUCUCCUUUGAAAAAUGGGGCGAGGAGGCCAAGCGCUUCACACACAAGAGCAUCGACAUAGACGAUGAUGAAUCAUCUGAUCUUCUUGUCCACUUCCCUGCAGCCGUGCGCUUCAUUGACAGUGGACUACAAUCCGAGACGGCAGGAGACGAAGCUGCGUCAACGCCGGCCUCGGCUUCUUUACCUAAGCCUGGCGUCUACGUUCACUGUGCGAUGGGCAAAUCCCGCUCGGUGAGCUGCGUAGUUGCCUAUCUCUUGUACAAGUAUCCGCAUCGCUUCGGCGGUAAGCAGUUUGUAGAAUCUGCUGCGUCGGCCCAGCGACGCCGCGAUACGGCCAAAGAAGCCGUUGAGGGCGCAUUGAACUGCGUUCGUCAGGGCCGGCCCGGGGCGGAGCCAAAUCCCGGCUUCAUGCGCCAACUGGAGCUUUGGUGGGAGAUGGGCUGUCCGGCCGGCGACGACGGUGCCGUCGAACGUCAUCCUAUAUACCAGAAGUGGCUCUACGACGGGAUGCUCCAGGAGGCUCGGGAUAUGAGGAUGGCACCAGACGCCGACCAGAUCCGAUUCGAAGACGAGGUACGCGGGGAAGAGAAGGGACAGGAAAAUGCUACAGUAGCACGGAGUGAAGAAGCGAAGGAAGUCCGCUGCAAGAAGUGCAGACGGACUCUUGCCACUCCCAAUUUCCUCGUUUCCCACUCACCGACCGGACAAUCUGCCAGUUCCAAUUGCGCUCACAUCUUCAUCGAUACCUUGUCCUGGAUGCGACCCCUGCUUGAAGACGGUGCACUCGAUGGUCGGCUGGUCUGUCCAAACUCUAAAUGCGGUGCCACAGUCGGCCGCUUCGCAUGGCAAGGGCUGCAGUGCACAUGUAAGCAGUGGGUGGUGCCCGCAUUCUCUUUAAACCGAAGUCGCGUGGACGAGGUGAAUUCACGACCGGUUGGCUCUUCGGCAAUCCGAAUGCCUCCAGGAAGAAGUGGCAGCUUAUAGGAGCUAGCUAAUCCCUUGAGUGGACAAUUAUCCCUCCGACAAUACUGGAAGUUGCCUCCGGUUGUCCGGUACCGCUCGCCACCAACAGCAAUGUACCAAUACAACCCACCAGACGAUCGUUGGAUUUUCUAAAAGUCGGCAAUAAUUUCGCGGAUUGCAAGAGACAGUCACUGCGUGCAUUAUUCAGCAACAGUUUAGCAAUACGCUUAUUCCCCCCGGCUAAGCAAGUGCUACGAUAGUAGAAAGUACGUUCAUUCCCGACAAGGCAAUGGAUCGGUCCUAUUAGGACUAAACCCCUUGGCCGCCCGCCCGCCCGCUCACCUAUAAUCGACGAGGAUAAUACGCAAUGUACUGUACAUAGUUGCCGCGGAGGAGCUGAUUGCCUGUUUUGGUCAGGGAUAUCUAUUCACCUCCCGCAGGCUGACGAUGCAUAACGGUUCCUACCCAGUAUAACAACUUACACAAAUGAGCGACGGGGUAAGAGGGGGGGAAGAAAAAGUCGAGGAUGCGCCGCCCUGUGGGAAACCGUCAUGAGCGCAUUUCCCUAGGCGUGAUAUCAAAUCAUGGUUUGUGUCGAUCUAGCUCAUUUUGUUU